CUGAGGGUCAACUCGCGACGCGUUUCACCCUGUAACAGCCCAGGCUGGCCUUGAUGUCGAGGUAAUACGAAUAUCAGCAAUAAUGUCCUCCAGUUCCACCCAUGUUGCUGCGUGUUACGAGGCUUCAUUCUUUUUAUGGCUAAAUAAUGUUUGACUACGCACAUACGCAUAGUGCUGGGAUUACCGGAGUGCACCACUAUUAUGAAAAUUCAGUUUCCUGCUGAAUCUGCUGAAUCUCAAAAAUCCAGGCAGAAAAAAGCUCCAGAGUUUCCUAUAUUGGAGAAACAGAACUGGUUGAUACAUCUGUACUAUGUCCAGAAGGAUUAUGAAGCAUGCAAGGCUGUUAUCAAAGAACAGCUUCAAGAGACUCAAGGGUUAUGCGAAUAUGCUAUCUAUGUCCAAGCAUUGAUUUUUCGUCUGGAAGGAAAUAUCCAAGAAUCCCUAGAACUCUUUCAGACAUGUGCUAUUCUCAGUCCACAGUGUGCUGACAAUCUCAAGCAAGUGGCCAGAUCUUUAUUCCUUUUGGGAAAACAUAAAGCUGCGACUGAAGUUUAUAAUGAAGCAGCUAGACUUAACAAGAAAGACUGGGAAAUUUGCCACAACUUGGGAGUGUGCUACAUUUAUCUAAAGCAGUUCAACAAGGCACAAGACCAGUUGCACAGUGCCCUCCAGCUUAACAGGCAUGAUCUGACUUACAUAAUGCUGGGGAAGAUCCACUUACUGGAGGGAAACUUGGACAAGGCCAUUGAGAUCUACAAGAAAGCAGUGGAGUUCUCACCAGAAAAUACGGAACUUCUGACCACCUUAGGAUUACUCUACUUGCAGCUCGGCAUUUACCAGAAGGCAUUUGAACAUCUCGGAAAUGCACUGACUUAUGACCCUACCAACUACAAGGCCAUCUUGGCGGCAGGCAGCAUGAUGCAGACCCACGGGGACUUUGACGUUGCCCUCACCAAAUACAGAGUUGCAGCUUGUGCUGUUCCGGAAAGUCCUCCGCUUUGGAACAAUAUUGGAAUGUGUUUCUUUGGCAAGAAGAAAUAUGUGGCAGCUAUCAGCUGCCUGAAACGAGCCAACUACUUGGCACCCUUCGAUUGGAAGAUUCUGUACAAUCUGGGCCUUGUCCAUCUGACUAUGCAGCAGUAUGCGUCAGCAUUCCACUUUCUCAGUGCAGCCAUCAACUUUCAGCCAAAGAUGGGGGAACUCUACAUGCUCUUGGCUGUGGCUCUGACCAAUCUGGAAGAUAUAGAGAAUGCCAAAAGAGCCUAUAUGGAAGCUGUACGCCUGGAUAAAUGUAACCCUUUAGUAAACCUGAACUACGCUGUCCUGAUGUACAACCAGGGGGAGAAGAAGGGUGCCCUGGCCCAGUAUCAGGAGAUGGAGAAGAAGAUCAACUUUCUCAAGGACAAUAGCUCUCUUGAAUUUGACCCUGAGAUGAUAGAGAUGGCUCAGAAGUUGGGAGCUGCCCUCCAGGUUGGAGAGGCACUGGUCUGGACCAAACCAGUUAAAGAUCCCAAAGCAAAGCCCCGAAGCUCUUCAACCAGUAAACCUGUCACUUGCCCACAGCCUCUAGGCUCUAAUCAAGCUCUUGGACGGGCAAUGUCGUCAGCAGCUGCCUAUCGAAAGCUCCCUGCAGGUACUGGAGGAACCCAGCUCACAAAGCCGCCAUCUCUUCCUCUGGAGCCAGAGCCCACUGUGGUAGCAAGUCCAGCAGAAGCAUCAGAAGAAAUAAGAGAAAAAUAGGAACCAACAAGAAAAAACCAGGAUCAGAUCAGGAUGAUCCUGGAUCUUGGAUGAAGCUGUAUAGGGUUGAAGGGCAAAUGACCAGGCAGAUGGAGGCCAGCACCAUUCCAUGGGUGGACACUGCAGAAAUCAUACAGAUUUCAGGGUACGUUAGGAGGAGAAGCAUGAGGCCCCUAAAGCCCAUGUGGCCCUUGGUGGCUCCAUCAUUCCAGGAAAUAGGGAGAAGACAGGCUAGAUGACAGGCUUGAGGCUCUGUGAACAUAGGUCCAUGAGUCAGCAAGGCACAGGAUCAAGGGCCAUCACUGUGUGAAGGACUUGUAUUUUCUGGCUAACCGGAAUCCUCCUUUAGUAAGGAAAGACAGAUUUUUGAUCAGUAGCCCUGAGAUGAUGCAGUCUUGGUCUUAACUGGGGUGCUGUUGGAUAUAUCAGUCCCCACAAGAUGCACAACCAUGGAUUAAGAACCUAGUUACAUUUGCAAAGAAAUGAAAAACCCAAAUCCCUAAGUUGAGACCCAAACUAAGUAUCCCUGCUGCAUUUGCCAUAGGGAACCUAGAACAUGUCCCUGUAAUUCUUGCAAGAGGUCAAAGUCUAUAUAGCCAGAUCAUGUCAGCAUAAUAAGUAGGAGCCUUGGGCUGGUCUGGUAUCAGCACUGAGGACUUAAAAAGAAAAGACAGGACUGCAGAUGUAGCUCAGUAUUGGAGCACUUGCUUAGGGUUCCAUCCCUACUACCACCAGAAGAAAAAAGAGGAAAUGUUUCUUAGCUAAGCAAUUUUAAUGUAAGACAAUCAAUGUAAUAACAUAUCCUUUUUAAAGAUUAUGUACAUUAGCCCUUUGGGGGAAGUGGUUACUCAGGUAAAAAAUAAGUGGUCAUAUUAAAAACUUUUUUAAAAAUAAGAGGUCACAUUAAAAACCUUUUAAGAACUACAA